AUGCGUGAGCCGACUGGUUCCCAACUGAUGAGUGCCCUCCUGGCUUCCGGACUCAUCAUCAACGCCACUCCCUCAGAGUGGGGGGCAUCAGCUUCCGCCUGUCCCUCGUACAGCAGUGUUUCUCCUGAUGACAGUCUCAGCUGUCCUGACUGUAGCCACCUCGUCUCACUCAACCCCAACAGACAAUACCCAGACUACAUCUGUCCUUUGCUUCUAACCUCGGCCACACAGGAGAUGUUCGGCUGUCAAGCCGACAAGGAUGUAACAGGUGAGAACCCCUACAAGCUGCUGAGGAAAGAUGACAUCAUCGAGGACAUGAGAAAACGAGCGGCCGUGUCAGACUUCAGCCCCAUCAAACAGCUCGUACUGGAUUAUCCAGAAGAUGAGAUUCUGCUGGUGUACGAUCAGGACUUCACCUACGACCAGUGCUUCUACCUGGUCCUCUCACUGGAGGUUCAGCAGAACCUGCUGAUGCCCCCAGAUGUGACGGAGGAGGAGGAUGAGGAGGAUGAGGAGGAGCUGAAGAAGACUCCUGAGCCCCGGUGCUGGGUUUCAUUGGGCAGUGAGGAAGAGAUCAAGGAGGAGUCUACUAUAGAUACCAGAAGCAGUUUCUGCUACAAGAUAUCACGGUUGAGACGAGAGUUUGGGGCUCCAGUGCACUUUUCUGACCUCAGUGCCAUGACGGAGGGUGCCUACACUGAGUUCACUUCCUACCAGGACAAGAGUUUCAGCAUCAAAAAACUGGAGCAGGACUGUGGGAUUCAAGCCAUCGCUAACAUCAAGGAUGCAUCCUCACAGACCAUAUGGAGAUACCCAAAGAACAUGUGGACCCAGUAUGAACCUCCAGAACUUAAUGAGGAGGAAAAGCAGAACAUCUUGCAGUUGGAGAGCCUGAGGAACUGCCUCAGUGUAAACAUGGCCAGGUUUGAAUUUGCCAUACUGCAGAAUAAUAUGCUGAACGUGUUUGCGGAUAAAAUUUGCGUGCCGGAAGAGGACAGUAUGUAUGAAGGGAAAGCCGAAACACAACUGCAGGUGUACCAGACAUUCACUGAGCUACACUACAGCAAGGAGAAAGUCAUCACCUGCAUCAACUGGCAUCCUACUAUCAAGGGUGUCGUAGCAGUGUCAGUAAAAGAGGAUCUGUCAUUUGAGAAGAGGAUAGACAACUUCACUAAACUGCUGCUGUAUCCACGGAUGAUCAUCUUCUGGAGCUUCUCCGACUCCAUUAACCCACAGUUGCUGUUGGAAUGUCCGGACGACGUGCUGUGCUUCAACUUCUGUCCCUCAGACACCAAUAUUAUUGUUGGAGGCUGUAUGAAUGGCCAGGUGGUACUGUGGGAUAUCUCAGGCCAUGUGGAUAGACUGCAGGGAACUCGCGCUGGAGUACAAACAAAAAUGACCAACACAGUGUUUUUUGACGAUAAGCAGGAGAACGACAUCCCUGUAGUGCGUUACUGUGCUUUGGCAGGAAUCGGGACUGGACACAGAGGUCCAGUCACAGACGUGCAGUGGCUCCCGGACAGCUAUGAGGUCUCAGGAUUGGGGAUUCCGCUGAAAAAUACACACCAAAUAUCAGUCCAGAUUGUUACCUGUUCUUCUGACGGUUGUGUAAUGUUCUGGGACUUGCGUGCUCCUCUGACCGGCAAGAAGCCCAGAGUUGAAGAAAAAACCCUCGAGAACACUUAUGGAGUUCCCAAAACCUUUAAACACCUCAACCUCACCUGGAAACCUCUGUUUAGAGUGACUCUGCCUAAAGUAGACGGCCCUGGUCAAUACAGUCCGAUGAAGUUCAGUCUGGCAGACAGUGUGUGUUACACUCCUGCAGUGGAAAGGUCGGAGGUUCCUGCAUUCUCUGUUCUCAAGGUGCCCUCUGGCAAAAAGCUGGAUGAGCUGGACACCAUCAACACCAAAUUCUAUGUUGGCACUGAGGAUGGACAGCUGGUGUACACCGACUGGAGAAUGGAGAUGGACAAAGACACAGGACAACCUUCUAGUCCUAAGCCCACUCAUAUCUUUGAGAUACAUGACAGUCAGUUGAACACAGUUCUCCGUUCUCCAUUCUUCAAGGACAUUAUUCUGACUGUAGGUGGUUGGACCUUCGCCAUCUGGAAAGAGGGAGUUAUGAACGGUCCACUCCUCCACUCAGCGCGUUCCUGGAAUAUGCGCACGGCCGGGUUCUGGUCUCUAACCCGGCCUGCUGUGUUCUUUAUCGGGAAAGAGAAUGGCAGCCUGGAGGUGUGGAACCUGCUGGAGAAAACCCAUGAGCCUGUACUGAAACAGAAGAUCACCACGACUCCGAUCUCCUGCAUCAAACCCUGGAUCACCUCCUCAAAGAAGCAACUCUUGGCCGUGUCUGACCACCUGGGCACGCUGCACAUCCUGGAGGUACCGUGGACACUCCAUUACCCGGCUUCUAAUGAGGUGCAGAAUAUGAGCAGUUAUCUGGAGAGGGAGGUGAAGCGUCUGAUCUACUUUGAGAAGAUGUCGGAAACGCAAGAGAAAGAGAAGAAAGUGAUGAAAGAAGAGAACAAUGAGACGCCAAAGAGAAUUGUUUUUGGAGAUGAUACAUGGCCGAAGCUGUCCGAUAAUGAGAUGGAGGAGCUGAAGAAGAAGGUGCAGAAAGACUACGAGAAGUAUUUCACUCUGGAGGAACGCCUGAUGCAGGAAUUAGGCCUCGUGAAAGAAACCCAGGACAAAGAUAACACCUGACUGAACACACACGUGCACACAAAACACACACACACACUCUG